CAGUGCUGCAGGACUACUAGGAUGACUGGGAAGACCCAGACCAGCAACGUGACCAACAAGAAUGACCCGCGCUCCCUCAACUCCCGCGUAUUUAUCGGCAACCUCAACACAGCUGUGGUGACCAAGGCCGACAUCGAGGCCAUCUUCGCCAAAUAUGGGAAGAUUGUGGGAUGCUCGGUGCACAAGGGCUACGCCUUCGUUCAGUACGCCAGUGAGAGGAACGCCAGGGCAGCCGUGGCCGGAGAGAACGCUAGGGUCAUCGCCGGACAAUCACUAGACAUCAACAUGGCAGGAGAGCCAAAACCAUACAGGCCUAAGAUGGGCUCCAAGAGGCCUCUCUCGUCACUCUACAGUGGCUACGAGUUUGACUAUGACUAUUACAGAGACGAUUUCUACAGCAGACUCUUUGAGUACCACGGUCGUGUGGUGCCUCCAACCCGGGCUGUGAUCCCCAUCAAACGUUCACGACUAGUUGUCCCGUCCACACGCAGAGCCAAAUCCUCCUUUCCAGUCAGAGCUUGUUCUUCCUCUUCUUCCUCCUCCUCGUCCUCCUCUCGAGCGCUCAAUGCUGGCUCUUCCAUCACAGGACCUAAAUUGAAGACAGACCAGCUCCUAACAAUCAAAAAGGAGCUGUCACAGAUCAAGACCAAGAUCGACUCACUGUUGGGAAGGCUGGAGAAGUUUGAGCGGCAACAUCGCUCUGACGCCGAGAUACAGAGGAAACAAGAGGAGGUGUGUGAAUGUCUCCAUGGAGAUGCAGCAGACCACUCUGGUGGAGAGGAAGCAGAGGGGACAGCCGAGGUGGAGGCGGGGGAGAUGACGGACGGCGGCGAAGACGACUUUGAAGAUGAAGGCACCAGCGACAUGUGGGGAGAAAGGAAGCCUACAGUACAUGAAGUUGGGAGAACAGAUACCAGCAACACCUUCUUGAUCAAGGAGAUGUAUUUGAAAUAAAGGAAAGCAAUGACGGCAGAAAGAAGAGUUUUUCAAACCUGUUUGUUGCUUGUUUGCCUCAUUAGAACAUGACACUCCUGAUGUGUACUUCAUGAAAACGCUGGUUAUGAAUAUUCUCCAAACUACAGCAAGAUCAACUUCAAAGAGCAAUCAAUAACUUCCCUUCAAAGUGAUUGCCGUUCUGAAAAAUAAGGACAAUACAGUAUAUUGUGUGCUUAAUAUAUUAUGGUCUGUAUUGUGCAUAAAAAUACAAUUACGUUAUCAAUCAGAUGAACCAUGAGAUGCCCUCCUCUGUUGUACUGCAACUGUAUGUUUGUUCUGUUUCUGUGCAUUGAAAACUGUAACUGAGCCACAACGCUGGCAGAGAGCUAAAUAUGAAUGUAUGAGGAACACAUUUUCUUUUACACUUGAUUAUGUGAUUUGCUUUAUUUGUACAUUUUGCUGAAAUGUACAGUAUGUAAUUUAUUCACAAUGUCUCCACACAGUAUUGUAUGCAUAUCAUGUUUGUCAUUUGUUAUACACGAUAAGAUGCAUUUUAAAAUUCUGUUUACAAUCUCUUUAUGGUAAUCAAAAGAUGACUAUUUUUUACUAUCAGCAUGUUAAAAACGUGGCUAUUAUGGAUCGUUUGUAUUCAUUGCAUCUGUCACAGCUAUGGAUGACAACAGUUUUUGAAAUAAACACGUU